GCGAGAGAGCAGGCACAUCCUCAGAGCCCUGCGAGGAGCACAUCCCCAGGUACGCCAGCUGUCUGCCCCCUGCAGAGAUGGUGCGAGUGACUCCCUUCCUCCUGGUGCUCAGCCUGGCCCUGGUGGCUCAGGGCCUCUCUGACAGAAAGUGCGUGCUGACCGGGCAAUGGAAAAACGACCUGGGCUCCAACAUGACCAUUGGGGAAUUGCAAGGAAAUGGAGCCUUCAGUGGCACCUACCUAAUGGCCAUUUCAAUGAGCCUGAAGAAGAUCUUGGGGUCUCAGCAACACACAAACCAGCCCACCUUUGGCUUCACUGUCAACUGGACCUUUACAAGAAGCACUGGCCCAAUAAAGUCGCUAGUGGUGUCUCUAGAGAUGGGGCAGGAGGUGGAGCCCCUGUUCCCCAAACUGUCCCUGGACACGCAGGGGACAGACAGAUGUGUUGUAGAAGUAUAA